AUGGAGCUACAUGGCACGGAAGAAUUUUUUGGUGACUCAGUACAAGCGGGUUUCGUCAUGGAGCAUUGUUCACUAAUUGGGCUGUCACAAAUGAACAAGGUGGCAAAUAGUAAUGGUAAUUAUCUUGAUCUCUUCUUCACUAAUUGUGAUCUGUUAGUUAAGAAGUCGUUUAACCUGGUACCGGAGGACAAGUAUCAUCCUGCAAUUGGAACAGAAAUUAAAUAUUUUGAUACAAUUAAACCUAGAGUAGUGAAAUACUUCAACUUCAAGAAGGGUGACUAUGGCGCUCUCAACAACCUUCUCUUGCAAGCGAACUGGAUAUCUAUGUAUCAGAUGAAUAACAUUGAUGAUAUUAUUGCUCAUUUUUAUAGUAUUAUCUGGGAUGGAAUAUUUACCACAGUACCUCAAGUAAGCAAGAAGUGCAGUAGAUAUCCGUGCUGGUUUAGCAAAGAUUUAAUUAGCAAAAUAAAGGCAAAGAGAGACGCUCACAGUACUUAUAAGCGAACGGGUUAUGGAACUGAUUAUACAGCUUUCAGCAACUUAAGAAAUGAUUGUAAGAAGAUGAGUAUCCAGUGCUACAAUGACUUCACUUUUAGGGCAGAAGAAAAAAUAAAAGACAAUCCUCAGUACUUCUGGAAAUACAUUAAGAUGAAAAAAAGUUCUGAUAGGGGUAUUCCUACAUCUAUGGAAUGGAUUGACAAAAAGGCAGAUGGAGCAGAAAAUAUAUGUAACUUGUUUGCGGCAUUUUUCAAGAGCACAUAUGAUAGGGAAUCAAAAUUACUACCAAAUGAAUUUGACGCACUACUAAAUGGUCUGUCCAAUGGCAACACUAACCUGAGUAAGAUCGAAAUCAGUUUUGAUGAAUUGCUCCAAGGAUUGCUAUCAUUGGACAGUUCCAUGGGAUUUGGGCCAGAUGGAAUACCAAACUUGUUACUAAGAGAAUGUUCAGUGGGCUUGUGUGAACCUUUAAGUUUUAUCUUCAAUAAGUCAUUGAAAUGGGGUGUGUUUCCAGUUGUCUGGAAAGAUGCAUAUGCUGUCCCUGUGUUCAAAUCAGGUGUGAAAUCUAAU